CCAAACGUUUUGCUGUUUAAGCUUAGCGGGCGAAAGAGCCGUGCGUUGAUGUCGCCACCCAGUUUUGCGUUGUUGGCGGUCUUUGGCAAAUCGUUGCAACCCCCCCCCCCAUGUGUCCCGUAAAUCAGACAACUUAGCGGAAAUUUAGCAGGCCGUCUUCUGAUGGGAAUGGAUGAAACACUGGACGCACAGCUUGUUGCUCAGGCAAAGGCGUUCUGGGCCGAGAGUGACGUAGAUCACAUUUUCGAUGCGCUGUGUGAAUACCUGAGCCACCUGAAAUAUGCCCUCCAGAACAACAGUGCUUCAGACAGAGAGUACGUCCAGGGGCUAAAUAUAAUCAGAUUAUUGGAGUCUGCCCAAAGUACCCCGUCAACACCAGGCACGCCCUCUGACUCAUUUGUCCAGGUGGUCGUUGGUUCAGAGGUGUUGUCGGACACCUCCGUGACUCAGCUACCGGCCCAGGAGACUGGGCCCUCCCUUCCCAUCUCCCCCCUGCUGCCCAGUGGUCUAACAGACUCUCCGUCGCCUCCUGCUGUCAGGGAGGACUUCCUGGCUCCCCUUCCAAUCAGGGAUCACUACCAGGCCCACAACUGCACUAUGGCCUGUCUACCCAGCCUGCCCAAGUCCACCAUACCUUUCUGGGGGCAGAACCCACUGAAGGUGCCCUUGCAGUGUGGUUUCCAGAGGCUGAGUGGCCAAGCUGUUUUAUCUCCACUGUUGGGGGACCGGGAUGAGGAGGCAGCGGAGGAGGCGGAGGGAGCAUCAGACUUAUGGCGACGGGACGUUGUUUACAAAGCUCCGUGUGGGCUGAGCCUCCUCAGCUAUGAUGAUGUGAUGCAUUUCUUGUUGGCAACAAAGAGCUAUAAUAUCAUACAGAUGGACUUCUUCAGUUUCAACCCUGCCGUGUGUUUGGACACUCCCCAGCCGGCAGGGCCACGUGCUCCAGAACAGGAUCUGAGCCGCGGUACCGAACCCACGCCAGUGGAGCUUUGUCCAGGGGAGGGUGGUGUGCGGCCAGAGGACUUCCGGUACCGCAAGGACCGCUGGCCGCAUGGCUGCUUCCUGGGUCGUGGCCCGUCGCUUUUCGACGUCUGCUGUGACUGUACAGAUGGAUGUCUGAACACGAAGACCUGCCCCUGUGUUAACAUGACCACCGGGGGACGCCACUAUUCCCAUCAGAGACUGACUGAGCCCAUUUCCUCAGGGCUGUAUGAGUGCGGGCCCUGGUGUGGUUGUGACCGGGCUCUGUGUCAGAACCGUCUGGUCCAGAGAGGGAUCAGAGUCCGGCUCCAAGUCUUUCAGACGUCCAACAAAGGCUGGGGUGUGCGAUGCCGGGAUUACUUGGAUGCAGGCACGUUCGUGUGCACGUACGCAGGAUUGGUCCUCUGGAGAAACCAGGGUCCGGAGAAGGUUCCUCUUGCCAAGCGGCAGAGGACGGAGCAGUUGUCAGACGACGAGGUGGAGGUGGUCACCGAAUGGCUGGCUCUGCCCAUAGUGGAGGGGCAAAGCAACCUAAUUGAGCCAUCGCCGCCCACGUCUUCACCCACCUCCCCCCCACUUCAUGUUCCUGUAAUUCAGAGACCAGUGGACUCUCCCCAGAACUCCCACAACUCUGAGCAACACCAGGACGAAGCAGAUGAGGUGCAGACCCAGGUAAAGACAGGACUGGUGGAACGCCGUGAUCCAGAGUCCUCAUCACUCGACGGGUCAGUCGAUCAAUGGAGAGAGCAGAAAAGGCUGGUUACCAGGAAGACGGUGCUGAAGGAGGACAAAAGUGACACGGCGAAGACAGAAACGAAGACGUGGGCGGAGGACAUGUGCUACCUGGACGCCAGCAGACAGGGAAACGUGGGCCGUUUUAUUAAUCACAGCUGUGAGCCCAACCUGUUUGUACAGAACGUCUUCACCGACUGUCAUGACCCCGCUUUCCCUGUAGUCGCCUUCUUCACCAGCAGAGCGGUGAAGGCCGGGACAGAGCUGACCUGGAACUACUGUCCUGACCCAGAAAGUACCUCCGGACAGGAAGUGCCAUGUCACUGUGGGAGUGACCACUGCGGAGGACGCUUAGUUUUAGAGGAGAAAAUUUGCAACGUGUGUGAAGAAAAGGAAAAUGUCAUGAGUGUGUGAGACUU